AUGUUUCCAUCUUGGAAUCCUACAGGAAAUACAAUUUCAGAGGAUUCAGAUGUUGUACUAGAUCAUAGCUAUUGCCUCAAAAUCUAUACAUGUGAAGAUGUUAUAUCGGCUACAAAGAACAUAAUCAGCUAUAUAUCAGACAUAUUUCACGUGAAAAUGAAACAUUUUUCAUUUGAUUAUCGGAAUCUCAGUAUUGAAAAAAGCCAAUUGGUUAUGGAUUCAUUUUUCCAACAGCCUAUUCAAAGAUUCAAAUUAUCUGAACAAAACACAAUUGACGCUUUCAAGAGUGAUGCUUUAACCUAUAUUUUGCAAAGUCAGAAGACAACAAGUUUUUUUGAUUUGUAUGAAAAUCCAAGCCCAGGAUUCACGUGUGAUUUUGAACAAAUGGAAACUGUUCCAGAACUGAUGGAUUUUUCAUACUCACAUUGGACUACUUUUCAACAAAUUUUGAAGUUGAAAAAUGAGAACUUGUGGUUUUCAAGGUCCAACUUUCUGCAGACGGAUUUUGAAAUAUUGAUUAUGAAAUGGAGAGGUGGAUGGACUCCAAAUUGGAAAGCUCUUCUGAUUGAAUUCAAUGAAGACGUUAACAUUGAUACCUGUGUUAAGGGAGAUUUUAUUCAAUUGCCAUCAAACUCUGAUUGCUGGAAUAAGACGCAAGUCUACAGAAACUUUCCAAUCGAAUUAAACCGGUUUAUCAUGCGGUACAAGACUGCGAAGGAACCAAUUAACUUUAUUGGAUACCAUAUUUUAAGAUCGGAUGGAAGAAUUGCAACAAUUGCAGUAGACAACAAUAAAAUCGGAUGGUUUCAGAUACAAUCAGAUGACAAAGAUGAACAAAUGGUAUUGAGUUUUCAUCCACGAGUUUUCGACCUUGUUUGA